CAUCAAGCGAGAAGCUCCCCAAAUCUCCCCGAGGUUCCACUUGAACUCGCCAGAAGAGGUUUUGCAUUACUUGACACCAUGAUGGAAGCACAUGCAUAAUCUGGUCCGCCGAUUCGCGAACAAGUUAAGCGUAGCCAAACUACUGCUGGACAUCUUGCUUUUGUUUCUAGGCUCGGAAGCAAUACCAACUGUACAACGCAGAAGCGAUCACACUGAAUGGAAGGUGAUCACACUGCCCACGGCCUUUCUGCCGUCCAGGUAGCAUUUCCUCAAACGCCCGAGGAAUUUGAAUCGGAUCCUCGCGUUUCAUUCUCAUUACUCGACAGAAAGUGGCUUUUAGAAGAGGACAAUGGCUCAGAAUAUGAGUACGACGUGUUGCUGAAGAGAUGGAUCCCAGUGUUGGACGACAGUCUGCUAGCGCAACAGAGAGAAGCCUAUGCGGUUCCUGGCGUCGACGAGUCAGAAUCUGCGCGACCUCAGAAGAAAAGAAAGGCCUCCUAUCAAAAUGGAGAUGAGGGAAAGGGCAAAAAGGCAAAAGGCAAUGCUGAGCCCCGCGUACGAAAGAACACCGCGGUAUACGUUACGAAUCUACCAGAUGACGCCACGACUGAAGAGGUGCAUUCUCUUUUUUCGAAAUGCGGCGUCGUUGCGGAAGAAAUAGAUGGGGGCAAGCAUCGCAUUAAACUUUAUACGGACGACUCAGGGAAAUUCAAAGGGGACGCUUUAAUCGUGUAUUUCCGUCCUGAGUCUGUCGACCUCGCAAUUCAAAUGCUCGACGACACCGAUUUCAGACUAGGCGUUUCGGUAUCGUCGGGCAAAAUGCGGGUUCAAGCUGCAGACUUUUCCUACAAGUCCCAGCAAGAGGCACCUGCACAGUCGUCUGUGAAAGACAAAAAGAAAAUUAUAAGGAAAACACAGAGGCUCAAUAAUAAAUUAGCCGAUUGGGACGAUGAUGACCCUUCCGUCCUUUCAGAGACAAAUACUAGGUGGGAUAAAGUCGUCAUCUUGAAGCACAUGUUUACUUUGAAUGAACUUGAAGAGGACCCCACUGCCAUUCUAGAUAUUAAAGAGGAUAUUCGAGAGGAGUGUCAAAAGCUCGGUGAAGUUACGAAUGUUGUUCUCUUUGAUAAGGAGCCGGAUGGAGUGGCAAGUGUCCGGUUCGGCAAUGCUCAAGCUGCCCGUGCAUGUGUACAGGCCAUGGACGGAAGAUUUUUCGCCGGCACCAGAGUUGAAGCCUAUAUCGCAGAUGGAUCGGAGAGGUUUAAGAAAACAAAUGAGAAGAAGGCGAGCUUGGAUGACGAAGAAGAUGAGGAAGAGGAAAGAUUGGAUAAAUUUGGCUCAUGGUUGGAAAGUGGUGGCGCAGAGUAA